AUGCAUUGUCUGUCUCCCAAGAUGGUUUGUGAGACCAAGAUCGUGGCGGAAGACCAUGACUCAAUCCCGGGAGCCAAAAAAGACACCAUCAUUGUUUCUUCCUCCCAGAUGUGGCCCACCCUCUCGGGCUCCCCCUCCUCCCCCCCUGCUCCCCUCGGUACCCCCAAAGAAGAACCCAAACGCGACAACGUCUACAUCCGCGAAUUCCACCCCUCCGAGCAGGAGGUGGUGCGCCGCAUUUUCUACGAAGGUAUCAUGGAGCGGAUCCCCAACACGGCCUUCAGGGGGUUAAAGCAGCAGCCCCUCACCCAGCUGCUCUACGCUCUGCUGGCGGUAAUGUGCUUUGUUGUGACCAAGUCCUUCCUGCUGACCUGCUGCUUGCCCAUCUUUCUGAUGGGCAUGAGGUACUACUUCAGCAGAAAAGUUAUCCUCCACUAUCUCGAUUGCGCGCUGCAUACGGACAUGUCUGAUAUCGAGCAAUAUUACAUGAAACCGCCAGGCUCCUGCUUCUGGGUGGCUGUCCUGGAUGGCAACGUGGUGGGGAUUGUGGCAGCGCGGGGAAACGAGGAAGACAACACGGUGGAGCUGCGCCGCAUGUCCGUCGACUCCAACUACCGUGGCAAGGGGAUUGCCAAGGCCCUGGGCCGCAAGGUGCUGGAGUUUGCCAUGCUCAACAACUACUCCUCCGUCGUACUGGGGACCACAGCCGUGAAGAUGGCGGCCCACAAGCUCUACGAGUCCUUGGGCUUCAAGCACGUGGGUGUGGUUGAACAUUACGCGCUCCCAGGGAUGACGCACUCCUUGCUGGAGAGAAUGUUCUUCCAGCUUCGCUACCACCGCUACCGCCUGCAGCUCCGUGAAGAAUAAAACCCAACCACCGAGCAAAAAAGCUAUUUUUCUCGUCCCCCCUCCAAAAAAGAAAAAUAAUAAUAAAUUACCCUUCUCUUUCUUGUCACCGUUUAUUUGCCAAUUUUGUCCCCCCUUGCUCCCUCAUCUCACCCUGGUUUGCUCCGUGCAGCCUGGUGGCCCGGCCUCGCGCGCUGGAGGCGGCGGGGCUGGAAGUCAGCGUCCUGCAGCCCGGCCUCCCAGGAACCGACAGAAAGCACAGAACCUUCCCUGCAACAUCGCACCGCUGCUCCGGUGCGCGUAGUGUUCUCCUUUUCCAAGUGUAAGAUAACAUAGCGAUGCAUUCAUCAUAGUGCAGAGAAAAUUACUUGAAUGCAGUUUUCAGUAUUUCACGCACCAGUAAGUAUAGAAUAUGCAUUCGUCUUACCGUUAUUUACCGGUUAAUAGUUUCCAAGGAAAAUGUGGGGGGCAGCCCCCAGCCCAACCCGCUUGCUGCAAUGCAUGAAGAGGAAGCGCGUGCACGCACUCUAACACAUCGCACUGCCACUGCGGCACUGGUGUUGCACUUUUUUGGAUGUGCCUCAUCCUGCCAAUUGUCUAAGAGCCCCUCGGCGUGUCGGAACCACAGCUCCAUACUCAUCUCCUCCCUAAGCCAGCAACCAGACUCGAUCCGUCCGAACUCUGAGCCCCGUUGUAACAUAGCUGAAGUGAAGAUCAGCCCCAUCUAUCUCCUGCGCUCCUGUGGCCACGCGUAACCUGCAGUCCUGGGCCAGGCUCCGCAUGUGACUUUCUCUUUGCUGCCUUUUGGGGUGGGUGUUCUUUUUUUGUUUGUUUGGUUUGGUUUUAUUAUUUUUAAUUUUUGUUGUUGUUCAUUUUUAGUUCUGGCUUUUGCUGAAUGGUGUCAUUGAGGCAUAAUGGAGGCUGCAGUUCCUAUGGCAACACAUUUGCACAUUAAUGUGCGCACCAACUCCGAGCACUUCUGAGAAGCAAUGUGACAGAUAAUAGCAUUUUGGGGAGCUCUGGGGGGUGGGGGGCACGUACUUAUUAUCUUAACCAGCUGCUUGUUUGAUCCAUGUAGAUGGCCUCACUGCAGCCUGCCAUAAAAGGUAAUUAACCGCUUUAAUGAUGUCAGAUUUGUGAAUUGUACAAUGCAAAAAGCAAUGCAAAGCAGAUCCGGCAUGUGUCUGUACCCAGUAUGUAUGUACAGUGCCUGCCAACUAAGAGUAACCAAGGCUACAGCUUCUCCUAGCCUGAAAUAACAACUUUUAUAACUUAUUUAAACAAAUAGCAACUUUGCAUGAAUUAUGUCUUGGAGGGGGAGGGGGGGUGGUGGGAAGAAGAUCAGUAGGUUUUACUUUUAAAACAUGGUAUCAGAAAUAUAAAGAAAAACACUUUCUGGCUGCACUUAAUUUGGGGUGGGUGGAGGGGUUCAGCUACGAUAACACCUUCAAAGGGAAAAGCCCUUUCAUGUAGUUCCUGGGGGGGGAAAGAAGUAGUUACUGUUUUACGAAGUAUUAUGCGUGUGUGGGGUCGGGGGGAAUAUGUUCACGAUCAACUCGGUGUGAGGAUAGGGGACGUAUCGACGGCGGUGAAAGCGUCGCAGUGUGCGGGAGGGGCGGCGGGCAGGGCGGAGCGGGGACCCAUCCCCGGGCAGCACCACGGACAGCCCCGUCCCCAUCCGUGGUCCCAGCAAUAAGGGGGGAAGGGGCGGAGGAGGGGUGCUGUAGCGCGAGGUGAAUUAACGCCAUCUCUGUAUGGGGCGCUCUAUUUUUAAAAGUCUUACUAUGCUGUACAUUUCUCCUGAAGCUGAAAUAAUGUACUGUUGGUUGGGGUUUUUGUAUAGUGUACAGAAAUGGGCAGAAUAUUUUCUUGCUGCUUUCAGUGAUUUAUUAACCUAAGGAAAAUAGACAGCUAUAAAGUGUUAGGGAAAGGGAAAAAAAAAA